AUGAACCUUAUAUUCUCAUUCUUACUCUCGUACCCGCUCGCGGGCCUGCUGAAGCGCGUUCCGGAUGCGCAGCCAGCUUACAAGAAUGCCUUCAUUAUCGGAUGCUCCCUCUUUUACCUCGUCGGACUCUUCGACCUAUGGGAUGGCUUACGAACUUUGAUCAUCGCUGCGGGUGGCACAUACGCUCUGGCAUACUCUUUACGCACCAGUCCCUACAUGCCAUGGAUCGGCUUCGUUUUCCUGAUGGGUCACAUGGCCGUGAACCAACUCUCGCGGCAGUUUGCCAACAAUCCCGCCGCCGUCGAUAUCACGGGCGCACAGAUGGUGCUGGUCAUGAAGCUCUCGGCUUUCUGUUGGAAUGUUGCUGACGGCACGUUGCCCGAAGACCAGCUGUCAGACUUUCAGAAGGACAAGAGGAUCGUCAAGCUCCCCGGCUUCUUGGACUACGCCGGUUAUGUCCUAUUUUUCCCGUCCCUCAUGGCGGGCCCCUCGUUCGACUAUAAUGAGUACAAAGCGUGGAUCGACUGCUCCAUGUUUAAUGUGCCCGUUACAGUUGACCCGGCCAAGAAGCCCCCGACUCGCAAGAAGAGAAAGAUCCCCCGCAGCGGUACUCCCGCCAUGUGGAAGCUUGCUACUGGCUUAAUCUGGAUCUUUGCCUUCCUCAAGUUUAGUGCGUGGUACGAUUGGCAUUUCAUGCUCGAAAAGGGCUUUGGUUCCUACUCAUUCCCACGCAAGGUCUUUUUCCUGCAUAUGGUCGGCUUCACUGCUCGUCUUAAAUACUAUGGCGUUUGGACCCUCACAGAGGGCGCUUGUAUCCUGGCCGGCUUGGGUUACAAGGGUAUCGACCCUACUACAGGCAAAGUCAGCUGGGAUCGCCUGCAGAACAUCAAUCCUUGGGGCGUUGAAUCGGCACAAAACAGUCGUGCCUACUUGGAGAACUGGAACAUGAACACCAACAAGUGGCUCCGAUACUACAUCUAUCUUCGAGUGACACCGCGCAACAAGAAGCCAGGAUUCCGAGCCAGUCUUGCUACCUUUAGCACCAGCGCGUUCUGGCAUGGAUUUUACCCAGGAUACUAUUUGAGCUUCCUCUUGGCCAGCUUUGUGCAGACUGCCGCAAAACAUUACCGCCGCAACAUUCGCCCCUUUUUCCUCGAUCCUGUAGAUCAGAAGCCACUGCCGAGCAAGCGCUACUAUGAUAUCCUAUCUUGGCUCGCAACUCAAACGACUUUCUCCUUCGUUGUGGCCCCGUUUGUGAUUUUGGACUUUGGCAAUUCCAUUGCGAUCUGGUCGCGCGUCUACUUUUACGCCAUCAUCACGACAUUUGCCAGUCUCGCUUUCUUCGCCUCUCCUGGCAAAAAGUGGCUGAAAGCACAGCAUGAAAAGAGAAGCCACGAUGCAGGUGUCAAGCUUGUCAAGAACUUGAGCACAGAGUCUCUUAAUGCCGCCGGUGGAAGCAAGGAGCCCAUCUUGGGACUGAGUCAGGAUCCCGAAGCGGAUGCAAACGAGAUAGUAGAUGAAAUCAGAGCUCAAGUUGAGAGGGCCAAAGCCGAGCAAGCCAGGAGACGAAGCCGUGGGCAAAGCCUUGGCGAUGUGGUCAAGGAAAAGACGCAGUUGAAAUCCAAGGUGAUUUAG